CCCUCUGCCUCCCAAGCCAUUCUCUCAGUUUCAGGCACGGUUUCUUCUCAUGGGUUUUGAUUUUUGGGCUUGUUUGUUUGUUUAAUUUGAUGGAGGCAAUGGUGAAGAAAUAUCAGCAAAAGUUCAGAAAAGUUAGGGACGAAAUGAGCCGUUGGGACGAGCUUCAGUCUCGCUUAAUUUCACAGUUCAAUAGUGCCUCUUCUAUCAUCCAGAGGUUGCAGGUACUUCAAGACUCCAAAAAUUAUGGUUCUUUGAAUUGUGUUGCUGGAAUUGGAGAUGGUUUGCUGAGAAAGCAAUUGGAGUCUUUGGAGGUUAUUUUCCUUUCUUUGAAAAGAACCAUGGAAGAAUUUCAUGGUAUUGUUUUUUCGAUUGAGAAGAUUCAUCGAGAUAGUAGACAACAAGUUAAAGGUGGGUCUAAUCAGCCUAGUGCGAAACAACUGCAGCUACGAGUUGGUGUAAAACCCACUCUUGCUGAUUGCUUGGAUGGGCUUAUGGUUCUUUAUGACAUGCACCACUCAGAGUACCUUCUUAAAGCCUCAGUGGUUUCAGCGCUAUCAACACUUACGUUAAAACCCAGUGCCAGUGACCUAUGUGCUCUCCAGCAGCUCUUAAUUGAUCAGCCUAACAUUCCCAAAGACGAAGUUCAAUCCAUCUUUGAUAUCAUAUUUGCAGAAGAAAUCUGUUGAUUUCACCAUAUGGUUGAGUACAAAACUUUGUAUUUUGGAUACAUGGAGCAGUGUGCAAAAUGGAACAGUGGUGGCUUUUAUGAGAGUCAUCAUCCAGCUUGCUUGUUGGCUGGUGAGGAGACACCAUAAGCUGCCUGCACAGUGAGUGUUUGAAAAUUUGAUGUUCGACAGCUCUUAAAGGCCCUUAAAAUGUGCUUUCCAUGGAUGGGCAAAUUUGUUUCUGCCAAAACGUACAUUGACCUGCAGAAGAUUUGUGCCAAGUUUGGCGAAUAAAAUACACAUUUACUGUACUUCUAGAAUAUUUUACAACUACCCAAGAGGGAGACUAAUUUGAAAGUGCUGUGUCCUGUAACUGUA